AUGGGCUGGCACCUCGGGACCGCGGUGGCGCUGAUCACCCUUCUGGUGUUGGUGGAAGUUAACAGUGAAUUUCGAAUCCAGGUCAGAGAUCCCAGCGCUAAGAAUGGCACCAUCAGGUGGCACUCCAUCAAGAGGCACAAGCGCGAGUGGAUCAAGUUCGCGGCGGCCUGCCGUGAAGGUGAAGACAACUCCAAGAGGAACCCCAUCGCCAAAAUUCAUUCAGAUUGUGCUGCAAACCAGCAAGUUACAUAUCGCAUCUCUGGAGUAGGAAUUGAUCAACCACCGUAUGGAGUCUUCAUUAUCAAUCAGAAAACUGGUGAAAUUAACAUCACAUCCAUAGUUGACCGAGAAGUCACCCCGUUUUUCAUUAUCUACUGCCGGGCUCUGAACUCACAGGGCCAGGAUUUAGAGAGGCCCCUGGAGCUCCGAGUGCGGGUUCUGGAUAUAAAUGACAACCCUCCAGUAUUUUCUAUGACCAGUUUCCUAGGACAAAUAGAAGAAAACUCUAAUGCAAAUACGCUGGUGAUGAGACUCAAUGCUACCGAUGCGGACGAACCCAAUAAUCUGAACUCCAAAAUCGCCUUUAAGAUCAUCAGCCAGGAACCGUCUGACUCACCCAUGUUCAUCAUCAACAGAUACACCGGGGAAAUCCGGACAAUGAACAACUUUCUCGACAGGGAGCAAUACAGCCAAUAUUCCCUUGCUGUAAGAGGCUCAGACCGAGACGGCGGGGCGGACGGCAUGUCCGCAGAGUGCGAGUGCAGCAUCAAAAUCCUCGAUGUCAACGACAACAUCCCAUACCUGGAUCAGUCCUCAUAUGAACUAAAUAUCGAAGAAAACUCUCUGAACUCCAAUUUGCUCCAAAUCAGAGUCAUUGACUUGGAUGAGGAGUUUUCAGCUAACUGGAUGGCUGUCAUUUUCUUCAUCACUGGAAACGAGGGGAAUUGGUUUGACAUAGAAAUGAACGAAAGAACAAACGUGGGGACUCUGAAGAUUGUGAAGGCCUUGGAUUAUGAAGCCAUGCAGAACCUGCAACUCAGUAUCGGUGUUAGAAAUAAAGCUGAAUUUCAUCAAUCAAUUAUGUCUCAAUAUAAGCUCACAGCAACAGCAAUCUCCGUGACUGUGUUAAAUGUAAUCGAAGGCUCAGUGUUCCGUCCAGGUUCAAAGACAUUCGUAGUAAAUAGUAAAAUGGGACAGAAUUAUAAACUGGGAGAUUUCAUAGCUACUGACCUGGACACUAAUGGACCUUCAACAAAAGUUAGAUACGUCAUGGGAAAUAAUCCAGCUGACCUGCUCUCUGUUGACUCAAAAACGGGCAUUAUUACUUUGAGAAAUCAAGUUACCAUGGAACAAUAUAAUAUGCUUAAUGGAAAAUACCAAGGAACAAUUCUAUCUAUAGAUGAUGAUCUUCAAAGAACUUGUACUGGUACAAUUAAUAUUGAUCUUGAAGGUUCUGACUGGCCAACUUCUGAAACCACUCCAAAAUAUAUCACCGACAAUGGGCUUGGCCCGGGUCCUGAGGUCACUACCGGUGAAAUCGGUACUGGUCCUGGUGAAGUCAACACCGAAGGCAUCAAUGGAGGUGGUGAAACAGAUGAGUAUAACAAAGAACCAUUAGGCGUGCCCAUGUUUCCAGAUAACGUACAUUUUGGUCCUGCUGGCAUUGGACUGCUCAUCAUGGGAUUCUUGGUCCUAGGAUUGGUCCCAUUCUUGUUGAUCUGCUGCGACUGUGGAGGCGCCCCUGGUGGCGGAGCUGGCUUCGAGCCUGUUCCUGAAUGUUCAGAAGGGGCAAUCCAUCCGUGGGCCGUGGAAGGACCAGGGCCUGAGACUGGGAUCAUCACCACCAUCCCUGUGCCACAGAUAGUGCCCGGAGGCAUCCCAUGCAUUGACACUUCAGGGGUUUAUACAAAUGAGUAUGGUGGCAGAGAAAUGCAAGAGAUGGAAGGAGAAGAAAGGAUAACAGGAUUUGAACUAACGGAUGGAGUUAAAUCAUCAGGAGGACCUGAGAUCUGUCAGGAAUAUUCUGGAACAUUAAGAAGAAAUUCUAUGAGAGAAUGUAGAGAAGGUCUGAACAUGGACUUUAUGGAAAGCUACUUCUGCCAGAAAGCAUAUGCGUAUGCCGAUGAAGACGAAGGACGCCCGUCCAAUGACUGUCUGCUCAUAUAUGACAUUGAAGGGGUGGGCUCCCCCGCUGGCUCUGUGGGCUGUUGUAGCUUCAUUGGAGAAGACUUCGAUGACAGUUGCUUGGACACACUAGGGCCUAAGUUUAAGAAGCUGGCAGAUAUCAGCCUGGGGAAGAAUGUCGAAUCAUAUCCAGAUUUUGAUCUCCCUUGGCCUGAGAGCAUUGAACCCAUUUACCCUCAGCAGGCAACAGAGCCCAUGGCUAGCGGCCACCCACCCAUCUCCCCACACUAUGGCACCACUACAGUCAUUUCUGAGAGUGCCUACCCCUCUGGGCCCGGUGUUCAGCAUCCCAUGUCUAUCCCUGACCCUCUGGGCUAUGGUAAUGUCACCGUGACUGAGUCUUACACCACCUCCGGCACUCUGAAGCCCUCUGUCCACAUCCAUGAUAACCGGCAUGCCUCUAACGUGGUGGUGACAGAGAGGGUGGUCGGCCCAAUCUCUGGUGCCGAUUUGCAUGGAAUGCUAGAGAUGCCUGAUUUAAGAGAGGGGUCAAACGUCAUAGUGACAGAAAGGGUGAUAGCACCAGGUUCAAGUCUACCCACCACGUUCACCAUCCCUGAUACCAGAGAGUCUUCCAACGUGGUAGUGACAGAAAGGGUAAUAGCACCAGGUUCAAGUCUACCCACCACGUUCACCAUCCCUGAUCCCAGAGAGUCUUCCAACGUGGUAGUGACAGAGAGGGUCAUCCGACCAACUUCCGGCAUGAUGGGCAGCUUUGGUCUGCACCCUGAGCUCUCCAAUGCCCACAAUGUCAUUGUGACCGAGAGGGUGGUCUCUGGCUCUGGCGCAACCGGAUUUAGUGGCCCCGCGGGGAUGGUUGGUGGCAGUGGCACAGUCGGCAGUGGCCUGGUUGGCAGUGAAGCUGGAAUGGGUGGUGGUGGCAUCGGGCUGAGCAGUCUGGGAGGAGGCGGGGGCCUGAGCAGCAGCAUGGCGGGGACGGCCACCAUCGGCCAUGUGCGGAGCUCCUCUGACCAUCACUUUAGCCAGACCCUCGGAUCCACUUCCCCGAGCACAGCCCGAAGUCGAAUCACCAAGUACAGUACCGUGCAGUACACUAAGUAG